GUUCGCUUCUGCCAGUUUAUACGUUUGCAGAACGGAAGUUAUAACGUCCGAGAUGUUGAGAAACCGCAGCACCUAGCACAACUACAAAAGGAGAACAUCAGUAGAGUUCAAUGUACGCCUGUAAUGUCCAAGAGUACUACAAGACCACACUGCCAAGGCAUCAAGCAACUAACAGCGGGAAAUACUACUACGGCUCAACGACAAGCAAUGCGAAGUCAUUACCCUGUUGUACCUGUCUCAUGCACCAUACAAUCACGAGACCUGGGAGUAGAGCCUAUUCUACAACCACAACUAGAACUACGAGCACCAGAAAUUGAAAUCACGCAUCUAGAAGGACAGCUUAUUACUCCUAUUCACCAGAACCCAUAUCGAGCACGUGAAGCAAUAGAUGAGGAGGAGAUAUUGCCACUACUCCAAGGAGAUGGAAUUGCUGAGAUGGAGGCUCCGCCACUGCUGCAAUUAGAUGGAGAAGAAGAAUUAGUACUCAAUGUAGAUGACCGACUGAGGGACGACGUGCUACUACUUCCACCAGUACCGCAAGCGAUGCAGCUAGCACAAGAAGCAGCUGUUGUACGACGAGAAGAACAACUACAGAUCCAUCCUAUCAAUACUGACCAGGAGGAAAGCAAGGAUGUAGUUAUAGUGCAUGGAGUGGAAAGAAUGACACUGGAAUGGAAUGAAUACCAAGCAAGGCUACGUGUAGACUUUGAACUGCGCAUGCGUAGCAGGACUCAGAUGGCGGACCUACUACUAGAAGAAAGAAGGAAUCCAACAGUAAUGCCCUCACCACGAAGACAGGCUCUACUUAGAGAAGCCACAAUACAUCAAGCGGACCGCGAACAGGAUAGAAUCACGAUUUUAGAACAAAUCCAACUAGAAAGUGGAGUACGUUUAUGAUAUAAGAAUUUAAAUAGGCUAUGCUUUACUACACUGAUCCAUACUGAUACCUUAUGCACUGUUACUUCCAUCAAAUCUCUGUUAAUCUAACCUGGUGUUUACUUACUUUGUUCUUGUCUUUGUAUACUCAUGCUCUUUCAUGUUUGUUGCUUACUCAUUCUUUCAUAUGUGACUGUUUUUGUUCUUCGUUUAAAGCACCUACUGAUCUUCCUGUACUUAUAUGUACUAAGCUUAUCCUCCUAUGUUGUUGACCAGAUACUGGUAUAAUAUUUUCCUUUCAUCUUCCUUUAAGUUAGUAUAUUGCUUUGCUGUGUAGUAGAUUUUUCUAUAUGUUCUUGGUUUAUUAUUUUUUACAUCUCCUUCUUAAUGACUCUUAAUAUUGUCUUAUGCACUAGUUCUUCCUGGUUGUAUCAUAUGUUUCUAAAUAAUCCUUCUGUUGACCUACUGUUCUUUUCUGCUACUCUUGUUGUCUCAUGUCUUACUACCUCUCUUAAGUCCACUGAAGAGUAAUGACCCUCAAGUUACUAUCCUCUGUAGUAAUUUUUACAUUUGUAUUUUAUAUGUUGUAACAUGAACAUAUGAUAGUUGUGUCAUGGAAGAACAUAGUAUGACAGCUGGAUUUUGCACUAUACUGGUUCUUGGUAUGAAAUGCCUGCAAGACGAUAGCCAUGGAAUAUAUCGUCAAGCCUGGGUGUGGAGGAAUAAGAUUGGUGGGGCAGACCACGAAAUACCUCGAACUUGGAAAUAUAUGCUGGAGUGGAAGCAAGGUCUCUGAGCCCAAAGUGAGCAAAGGAGUGGACAACUGCAGCUGACAAAGAUUACCAUUAGGACCCAGAGGCGAGUAGUGAACAUCUAAGUGACUUCCUCUAGUAAUAGAACGAACAAAAACAAUAUCUGAAGCUGAUCUACGACAAGUAAAGCAGUACUCUGAGUACACAGUUGUGCAAGAAACUCCUGCGCAACAACAUAUCUCUCUUCCUCUCUCUUGGCUAUGCCCCUCUUUACAGGAUCAUGAAGCUCUGCUUCUCCUCAUGUUCCUGUCCUACCUACUCUUUCCUUUCUGUUUAUCUCUGGUUUUUCUGUUUUCUGCUAA